CGAGGCUAUAUCAACUCCCGAUGUACCCAUUUCCACGCCCAUAGCGGAAACCACACCAAAUGAAGCUCAGAAAGAGCUCCCACCUGUACGAAACAUCAACGACCGCCUCUCCCUCCCAUUACGCCUGCGCCUUCCCCUCGCAACGACAAUAUCAGGGUUCUCAGGCCUUGUACUCGGUCUUGCGAAAGGUUCAAUAGACACAGGUUUCCGCUUUCGUGCCGAAAAUGCCCAUCGAUUACCCAAAACUCAGGUAGGAUGGUUCCUCUACCAUAAAUCCAAGAACUACAAUAUGAUGCUUGGAGGCGUCAAAGAAGGCUUCAGACAGGCUUUCAGAUUUGGGGCUUGGACGGGUUUGUACUUCGUUCUCGAGGAAGGUGUAGAUCGCGGACGAGCUGCCGGUGCGAGGGUGUGGAGGAAGUUUUGGAGUGGAGAAUGGGCGAAGGGCGGCAGGGAGAUGAGGAUGGCUGCGAUUGAGGACUUGGCGGAAGUGGAGGAUGCGGUGCAGGAGGAGGCUGUGCAGGGAAAUCGGGAUUGCCUGAGCUCGAUGCUUGCAGGCUUGGGCACUGCGGGAAUGUUUUCGGCCCGGAAUCGAUUUCCACUACCUACUGCUGCGAGGACUGCAAAGAUGGGUGCAAAAGCUGGGCUGGCAUUCGGAUUGCUGCAAGACGCAAUCAGUGUGAUGAAGGGAAGAAGAGUUGGAUACGUGGACUUCGUGAAAAGGCAUACCAUUGGCACAAUUGAGCGGGAAGGAGAUAUGUCAGUCUGA